CGGCAAAAAAUAUCCAUUUCCAAGGAAUUAAUCAGAGGAGAGAAUCCGGGAGACAUACAUGUGACUUGUUGGAAGCUAAAAGUACCCAACUCAAAUCAAUGGGGAAAUUUCAAACAGAAAAGGUGCAGAGAACAUGAACACCUUCCCCUCCAUUUCUUCACAUCUCCUUUUAAUCUCAUCACCAUUUUUCGGUGGUCAUCUGAACAUCCCUCUCAUCUCAUUUGUCUUUUCUUCAUGGUCAUUUGAUGCAUCUCUACCCAACAAACCACCACAACAGAAAGCACAUAAUCCCUUUGUUUUCUUGCAGCAUCUUUAGAUCUAUAUAAACCCCACAUCACCACCACCACGUCCUAUCCAAACCAAUAGAAGUUUCUCUCUCUCUUUCUCAUGUUCUAGCUUGCUUUUAAAUUAGUGGGUAUUUUUGGAAAUGGUGUUUUUUUAAUUAUAGAAAGCACAACUGCUCAACCAACUCAACUCAACUAAAGUUCUUUCCAGUGGUUUUGGUACACCACAUUGCAAAAGUAAAAUAGGUGGUUCCUUUAAAAAAAAAAAAAAAAAAUCUAAAAAUCUUUCAUCUGGUUUUGGAUUGAUCAAACAUGUUGGGUAGGAGGGCAUUUUACAUCUUCCUUUUCUUAGUUUUCUUUGCAUUCCAUGGUGGAAAUUGGGUCAGAGCUGGUGGCAGUUUCGCGACAACCAGCGGCACCCAUUUUGUGAUGAAUGGGAGGCCUUUUUACUUGAAUGGUUUUAAUGCAUACUGGCUCAUGCACAUGGCAUCUGACCCAUCUGAGAGGGGGAAAGUUACAUCUGCCUUCCAGGAAGCUUCAGCCCAUGGAAUGACUCUGGCAAGAACUUGGGCUUUUAGUGAUGGUGGUGACAGGCCCUUGCAGUAUAAGCCUGGCUCUUACAAUGAAGACAUGUUCAAGGGUCUUGAUUUUGUAAUUUCUGAGGCUAGAAAGUAUGGUGUUUAUCUGAUACUGAGCUUGGUAAAUAACUAUGAGAACUUUGGGGGAAGACAACAAUAUGUUCAAUGGGCAAGAGAGCAAGGAAUAUACUUGAGUUCUGACGAUGAUUUUUAUAGGAAUGCUGUUGUUAAAGGCUACUAUAAGAACCAUAUCAAGACUAUUCUUACAAGAAUCAACUCGUUCACAGGAGUAGCUUACAAGGAUGACCCCACCAUUUUUGCAUGGGAACUCAUGAACGAACCUCGCUGCCAAAGCGAUCUCUCUGGAAAUACUAUACAGGAUUGGAUCAAAGAAAUGGCAGCUCAUCUUAAAUCCAUAGACAGUAAUCAUCUAUUGGAGGUGGGGAUUGAAGGAUUCUACGGCGAAUCAAUGCCUGACAGGAAGCAAUUUAAUCCUGGUUACGAAAUUGGAACGGAUUUCAUCUCAAAUAACCAGAUUCCAGGAAUUGACUUCGCAACGAUUCAUGCCUACCCAGAUCAAUGGAUACCGAAUUCGAACGAGCAGGCCCAAUCUGCUUUCCUUCAAAGCUGGAUACAAGCCCACCUCCAAGAUGCGAAUACGGUCCUUAGAAAACCAAUCCUCUUUACAGAAUUUGGCAAGUCGUCUCGGAUUCCAGGAUAUACGACAAGCGUAAGGGACAACUUCUUGGGGACUGUAUAUAACACCGUCUACGCCUCAGCAAGAAGUGGUGGCCCAUGUGGUGGUGGGCUUUUCUGGCAGCUAUUGGUCCAAGGGAUGGAUAACUUCAGAGAUGGGUACGAAGUUAUCAUGGCUGAAUCCCCCUCAACAGCAAAUAUCAUUGCUCAACAGUCACACAAACUAUCAGCCCUUAAUUAAUAUGGUAGAUUUUGGGGGUAGCCCAACUUAAUAAAAGGUUUAAAUUUCCUAUAACAUGGCAUACAUUGCUGUUGUUAUUAGA